CCGCCACAUAAUUUUACACCGUAAAAAUAUUAAUACCAAUUUUGAAUUUCAAUCCAUUUUCAUUGGUCCAUGCUGGCAUUUCAACCCCCUACGGUCUACGCCGACGGCAAUUUUUCUUCCAUUUCCACCUUCUUCUCAACGCUACUUUCCCGGUUCUAGCUUUCUAUUUAAAGCAAAUCCGAUAACCCAAGAUUUCCGAUACUUCUUCUCUUUUCUUUAUUCUCCAGGUACUUGACAUUCUACUGUAUAUUGCUGAGCUCUGAACCAAGAAAUCGCACUACAUAAUUGAACCCCUUUUACGGGGUUCAGUGUACAAACUAAAUUAAUCUGGAUUGGGAUACUAUCAUCUGCACAUUGCUAUUUUCAUCUCAAUUCAACAAUGGUUCAUCCUGGUUCGACCCAAUUUUCACAUAAAUUGGGGAUUCAAAGUGUUCAUGGAUGCAAUAAGUUACAUAUUAGUGUCAAGGGAAAGACUCGUCUACAUCUUGUUACUGUCGUUCCUACAUCACAUGGUCUGAGGCACAAUCCUGGAAGUCUUCAGCUCUUACGGAGUGUAAGUCGCCCAAUGUAUCCUGUGUCUUCCAGAGCAAAUGUUUUUGUGUGUCGAUCUGUUCUAGAAUCAGGUGGCGGAGCUGGGACUGCUGUUCUAAAGUCUGCAGCUGUGGUUUUGACGAGAUCUUGUGAUGCCUUACGUAGCAGUCCUCUGUUACUUAAAUUAAUUCCAGCAGCUUGUGUCAUUGCUUUUGCUGCUUGGGGUAUUGGACCUCUUAUGCGCUUGGGGAGGAUUCUAUUUCUUCAUGAGCCAGAUGGAAGUUGGAAGAAAAGUAGUACAUACUAUGUUACGACUUCUUAUGUUCAACCUCUACUGCUAUGGACUGGAGCUACGCUGAUCUGCAGGGCAUUGGAUCCAGUAGUUUUACCAUCGGUAGCCAGUCAGGCUGUCAAACAACGACUUCUGAAUUUUGUUAGAUCUUUGUCUACUGUUCUGGCAUUUGCCUAUUGUCUAUCAAGCUUGAUUCAACAAGUACAAAAGUUUGCUUAUGAAUCAAAUGACUCAAGUGAUGCAAGAAAUAUGGGCUUUGAUUUUGCCGGGAAAGCUGUUUACACUGCAGUCUGGAUUGCUGCCCUUUCAUUGUUCAUGGAAUUGCUCGGCUUUUCUACUCAGAAGUGGCUCACUGCCGGAGGUCUCGGGACUGUAUUGCUUACUCUUGCUGGUCGUGAGAUAUUUACUAACUUCCUUUCAAGUGUAAUGAUUCAUGCAACACGACCGUUUGUGGUAAAUGAAUGGAUUCAAACAAAGAUUGAUGGAUAUGAAGUAUCAGGAACGGUUGAGCAUGUUGGUUGGUGGUCGCCAACCAUCAUCCGAGGCGAUGAUCGUGAAGCGGUCCAUAUUCCUAAUCACAAAUUCACUGUUAGUAUUGUGAGGAAUCUUACCCAGAAGACUCAUUGGCGUAUCAAGACUCAUCUUGCCAUCAGCCACUUAGAUGUCAAUAAGAUCAAUUAUAUUGUAGCUGACAUGCGCAAAGUUUUGUCCAAGAAUCCUCAAGUUGAACAGCAAAGGUUACACCGUAGAAUUUUUUUGGAUAACGUCAAUCCUGAAAACCAGGCUCUUAUGAUCAUGGUUUCUUGCUUUGUGAAAACUUCUCGUUUUGAAGAAUACCUGUGUGUGAAGGAGGCAAUUCUCUUGGAUCUUCUCAGAGUUAUCAGCCAUCAUAGGGCCCGGCUUGCCACUCCUAUUCGCACUGUUCAGAAAAUAUAUGGCGAGGCUGAUUUGGAGAACGUACCAUUUUCUGAGACCAUGUAUUCUCGUUCAGGGGCUACUAACCGUCCUCUGCUUCUUAUUGAGCCAUCUUAUAAAGUCAAUGGUGAUGACAAAACAAAAGUCUCUAGUCGUCCCACUCGUUCAUCAACUGAAGAAAAGGAAGCCAAACAAGAGGCAGUCUCGACGUCAGGGACAAAAGCCCCCGACACAACUGGACCAACUUCAAAUCUUGAUAUGAAAGCAGAUGAUAAAAAAUCAAUUUCUCCAUCUGGUACUACACCUAAGCCUUCAGCCCCCAAUCUAUCAACCGGCAGUCCAGAACAAAGCAGUGCGGAAAAGCCAGUAACAAGCAAUGAGAUAAAAGGAGAAAAGAAAGAUCUCUUGGGACUGAAUUCCAAAGACAACAUGCCACGAGGAACUCCGCCCAAAAGAUCGCCUUCAGCUUCCAGUCCUGGGAGCGAGAAAGCUGAUAUUCCUUCAACAAGCUCGCAAAAUAAGCAAGAUGGGGAGAAGACGUCUGCAUCACCAUCAGUGGUGAGGCCACCAUUGGAGGAGAAUAUUGUGCUGGGAGUUGCCUUGGAAGGUUCCAAAAGAACUCUUCCAAUUGAUGAAGAUUUGGAUUCAAAAGAAAUUUCCACGCAGAGGAAUGGGAGUGAGUUUCCCCCCAACAGUAAGGAUUUGAAAGAUGGUCAAAUGCCUGCCGUUCCAGGUGCGACGAAAAAUGAUUGAUGAGUUGAGGCACACUACGGUUGCUUUCUCCCAAUUAUUCUUCUGAUUUUUGAAGCGAUGCGCAAAUGAAAUGCAGGGCUGCAUUUUUAAGCAAGCAUUUUGCAGGCUCGCUAGUGUAAAAAAUCUGUAUCUUGUGAUCCAAAUGCAAUAUUGGCCAACGAAAGUGUACACUAUGCUGACUUUCUCCCCAAGAAAGAGAAUGGAAAGUAAAAAAAGAGAAGGGGGAAAAUUACAUUCAUCAUUUUGUUCCUUCCGUACAGUUCAUAUUCUUAUAGUUAAAUGAUAUCCCAGGAUGUCUGGCAUUUCAUACA